AAAAGAAUGUGUAACGAGCACGCAGAGGAAGGAGAGAGGGACCAGCGCGUUUUGCUUGAGGUGCAAGGAGUGCGCAGCAGAAAGAAUCCUAUAUAACCGCUUCUCCUUUGACCUCGAUUCGUCACUCGCCUCUAUUUCCGGGUCGAACCGACCCGAUUUUAUUCUCUAACACACAACUUCUACAAGUUUCGUUUUCUUCCCCAAACCAGUUGGAGGUCGAUCGAUUGGAGUGGCGCAGGAUGAGCUCGCAAGAGCGAAAUCAACGAAGGGAUAGGUCUAGGGUUUCUCGUCAGGAAUGGAUUCCUAGAGUGUCCACCGUCACCGCCGAUCAGAGUCAGAAUGGUGAAGCUGUUGGUAGCUCCAAUCCAACUAUUCGGCAUAGAAGGAGUCGUCCUGUUCCUAAGAAUCACGUGCACAAGGGAUUGGUUUUGAAGGACUCUGAUUUACCUCAGCUGCUGCAAGAGAUUCAGGACAAGCUCACGAAAGGUGCUGUCGAAUGCAUGAUUUGCUAUGACAUGGUUCGGAGGUCUGCACCUAUCUGGUCAUGUGCCAGUUGUUACUCUAUCUUUCACCUUAAUUGUAUAAAGAAGUGGGCGCGAGCACCCACUUCUGUUGAUUUGUCUGUAGAGAAGAAUCAAGGGUUCAAUUGGCGGUGCCCUGGUUGUCAGUCUGUGCAGCUCACAUCAUCCAAGGAGAUUAGAUACUUAUGCUUCUGUGGAAAGAGGCCUGACCCGCCAUCCGAUUUGUAUCUGACGCCACAUUCCUGUGGAGAACCGUGUGGCAAGCCUCUUGAGAGGGAGCUUGGAGGGAACAUGGAGGAUCUUUGCCCUCAUGUUUGUGUCUUGCAGUGUCAUCCAGGCCCGUGUCCUCCUUGCAAAGCAUUUGCGCCUCCACGUAUGUGUCCUUGUGGGAAGAAAAAUAUUACCACUCGUUGCGCUGACCGGCAAUCUGUUCUUACCUGUGGCCAGCCCUGUGAGAAGCUUCUUGAAUGUGGGCGUCAUCGGUGCGAACGAAUUUGUCAUCUGGGUCCUUGUGAUCCUUGUCAGGUUCCAAUCAAUGCCUCUUGCUUUUGUAGUAAAAACAUGGAGGUUAUUCUUUGUGGAGAGAUGGCUGUGAAGGGUGAAAUCAUAGCAGAAGGUGGAGUUUUUUCUUGUGGUUCCACUUGUGGAAAGAAACUUAGUUGUGGCAAUCAUAUCUGUAUUGAGAGUUGUCAUCCAGGCAGCUGUGGGGAGUGUGACUUGUUACCAUCCCAUGUUAAGACAUGCUAUUGUGGGAAAACUAGAUUGGAGGUGGAACGGCAGAGUUGUUUAGAUCCUAUACCUACCUGUUCACAAGUAUGUGGGAGGUCCCUUCCUUGUGGGAUUCAUCAUUGUAAAGAGGCAUGUCAUGCUGGGGAAUGUUCUCCUUGUUUGGUUCUAGUCUCCCAGAAGUGUCGAUGUGGCUCAACUUCCCGAACUGUGGAGUGCUGUAAGACAACAAUGGAGAGUGAAAAAUUUACUUGUGAAAAGCCUUGUGGGCAGAAAAAGAAAUGUGGAAGGCACCGAUGUAGUGAACGGUGUUGUCCCCUUUCUAAUCCAAAUAAUAUUCGAAAUGUGGAAUGGGAUCCACACUUCUGUUCCAUGCCAUGUGGAAAGAAGUUAAGAUGCGGGCAGCACGCAUGUGAAUCCCUGUGUCACACUGGUCAUUGUCCACCUUGUCUUGAAACUAUAUUUACUGAUUUAACAUGUGCUUGUGGCCAGACUUCAAUUCCUCCUCCAUUGCCUUGUGGCACACCACCUCCCUCAUGUCAGCUUCCAUGUUCAGUUCCUCAGCCUUGUUCCCAUCCAGCCUCCCACAGCUGCCAUUUUGGAGACUGCCCUCCUUGUUCAGUGCCUGUAGCAAAAGAAUGUAUUGGUGGGCAUGUAGUUCUUAGGAACAUACCAUGUGGUUCAAAGGAUAUUAGAUGCAAUAAGCUCUGUGGGAAGACCAGACAAUGUGGUUUACAUGCCUGUGGCAGGACAUGUCACCCCUCUCCUUGUGAUAAUCCAUCUGCUGCACAAGGCACCCGAGCCUCUUGUGGGCAAACAUGCGGCGCUCCUAGGAGAGACUGCCGGCAUACAUGUACAGCUCCUUGUCACCCAUCAACUCCAUGUCCGGAUAUAAGAUGUGAAUUCCCUGUCACAAUUACUUGUUCUUGUGGCCGAAUAACAGCAAAUGUUCCUUGUGAUGCUGGUGGCAGCUGUGCUAAUUAUAAUGCUGAUGCUGUACAUGAAGCUUCCAUUAUUCAAAAGAUGCCUGUACAGUUUCAACCAGUGGCUGCAAAUGGCAAAAAAGUGCCCCUUGGACAAAGAAAACUGAUGUGUAAUGAUGAGUGUGCUAAGUUAGAGCGUAAAAAGGUUCUUGCUGAUGCUUUUGAGAUAACCACUCCAAAUAUGGAUUCUCUCCAUUUUGGUGAGAAUUCUGUUGCUUCUGAAUUGAUUGCUGACAUGUUGAGACGUGAUCCUAAAUGGGUUUUAUCUGUUGAGGAGAGAUGCAAGUUUUUAGUACUUGGCAAGAGCAGAGGGACUACACAUGGUUUAAAAGUCCAUGUUUUCUGUCCUAUGAUGAAGGACAAGACAGAUUCUGUGAGGGUGAUUGCUGAGAGAUGGAGGCUUGCAGUGAAUGCAGCUGGUCGGGAGCCAAAGCGCUUUGUAGUUGUUCAUGUUACACCGAAGUCAAGACCUCCUCCUCGCGUGCUAGGGGUUAAGGGUACUACAACAGUAAAUGUGCCUCUUCCUCCUGCUUUUGAUCCUUUGGUAGACAUGGAUCCUCGACUUGUUGUCUCUUUUCUGGACUUACCAAGGGAUGCAGAUAUUAGUGCGUUGGUGUUGAGGUUUGGUGGUGAGUGUGAACUUGUUUGGUUAAAUGACAAAAAUGCAUUGGCUGUUUUUAAUGACCCUGCCCGGGCUGCAACUGCAAUGAGGAGGUUGGAGCAUGGAACUGUUUAUCAGGGAGCUGUUGUGGUUGUUCCAAAUGUUGGGGCAUCCGUAACAUCUUCAGCUACCAAUGCUUGGGGCGGAUCUGGGUCAAUGAAAGGAGGAGGAGCACUGGCAGCAUUAAAGGGGAAUCCGUGGAAAAAGGCUGUUGUUCAAGAGCCAGGUUGGAGAGAAGAUUCUUGGGGUGAUGAGGAGUGGGCUACUGGUUCUGAUAAUGUCCAAUCAUCCAUUUGGAAGAAAGAAGCCCCACCAAUAUCUGCUUCAUUAAAUCCUUGGAGUGUCUUGGAUCAAGAAUCAUCUUCAAGAUCAUCUGUUGCAGCCGUUAAAACUGAUGUUUCUAGGAAACAUUCUGAAAGCAGUGCUGUCACAAAGUUGGAGCCUCAUGACGGUGGUUCAAAUCUAGAAGGGCGGCAUGCAGUAAACUUAGACGCAUUAGAAGCUUCUGAUGUAGUAGAUGAUUGGGAGCAGGCUUGUGAAUAGUAAGGAGUAGACAAGGAGUAAACGGUUUUCCUUUUCUCCCAAUUUUACGUUUUAUUUUGUUGAAAAGGAGUCAGGUAUUGUAUGGGCCUCCCAGCCUCUCUCAGUUUUCUUUUGGCAUGACGUGCCCACCCUGCCCUGGGGUUAAUAUUUUAAUUUUCAAAAUGCCGUGAUGGUGUAUGAGGCGAUUGAAGGAAAAACUUGGCUUCGCGUUGAUACCCUGAAUUGUGGUUGAAGGACUGUAGUACAUUUGCUGGUCUGAAGUGAGUAAUUCAGUCGUCGUGCAUUCUCAUCUUACGUUUUUUCAAUGGUUAAUAUACCAGUGUCCUUUCAAUACUAAAGGAGGGGUUGUUAUCUUAGCUUUUUAUUGGUUAUUAAGGAGUAUUAAUACAUGAAAAUUAUGCAUACCCGGCAAUUAUUUAUAUUCAAAUGCGUGAUAUUAAGAUUUAGUUUUUUACUUUAUCUAUAAACAAUACAGCUAUUAAGGUUCUAAAACCACUCUGUGUGGGCACAAUUCAUGCCAUGUAUAAAAUAUGCCUUUUCUUUGGACUUGUUUAUUCUAGUGCUACUCUAUUCUACUGAAUUAUAACCUCAUUUGGGUGUUAUCUCUCAUUUUCCUUCCAUAUGAGAAACGCCAAAUUCCGUAUUCCCUUCUUCCAUUCUUUUCUUAUUGCCUGCACUAAUAAUCAGUUUUGAAAUUUCAAAUAUUUCAUUGUUCUCCCUUGUCUAAUGGUGUCAAAUAUUUCAAUUUGGAUCGAUCUCUUCCAAGCCUUGUCAAAUGAGGUAAUUAAUAUUAUAAACUUUUACAGUUUUGAGUAUAGAUUUUUACGGAUGAAUUGCAUGUUUGAAUGUACCAUUAGAGGGCUAAGGGGUAGGGAUAUAAAGAGUUGGGAUGGGAUGGGGGUUUGACUAGGAGACAGUCAAGAUUUUAAAUGGAAACUGGCUGUUGGUCUUAAGACUAUAUAUAAUUGAAAUAAUGCUUUGAUGGUAUUGACAUCAAUGACAGCAAUUGCCUACUUGCUUUAUAGUUACUCUGAUUUAGCUUUGGAAUCGGAUCCUCUACAGCGGUAUUUCUCUCUUAACUCUUCAUCUUAAAUUUGAGAUGAUAGAUUCAAACUUAACUGUUAAAAAGCAAUAAAAAGAUAAAACAAGGAGCAUAUUGUGCAUCUCCCCUGUCAAAUGGUGUUUAAUGGUGCGGUGGAAUAAACUCAACAUGGAGGUUGAAGCUCUGACGCGUUACUUUCGCUGGGUGACUGCAGUUUGCGAGAGGAGAUGCACAAUGUGUUGAUUGUUCGCAGCGACCCGACAUAUUCAAACAACGCAUCGGAGCUUUAACCUCUAGGUCGUGUUUCUGUGUUUCAUCGUGCCCCAACGCAUUGCUCAAACGCGUUACUUGAUACUGGUUUAUUUCUUACAUGAUACUUGUCAGAAAUUGGCUUCUGCUGAUCUUAUCUUAUGGCCGUUAUAUUCUUUAUUUCUUCAGGCAUUGUAAUAUAUGAACAGUGAAAAUUCCAAACCAUUAAAAUUGAUUAUUUUAGUUUGAUUCAAUUAUGAAAUUUC